AUGGAAUGCAAUGAAGAUGAUGAACUCCAUGUGGCACCUUAUUAUGCUUCCUUAAGACAGUGCCUUCCCUAUCAUUCUCCAACCCAAAAACCUAUCUUUACCUCAACAAACCUCCUGAACAUGGAAGCUGGUGAAAGCCAUACUUUGAACCAUAUGGAUCCACCUCAUGGUUUGCAUCAUAUUCCAUUUUACUGCUCCCAAAACCUUCCUAGCAACAGCAACAACCCAAUUCAAGUCCCACUCCAUAAACCCUCUCCCAACACAUCAUCAAACAGUAACAACAACAAUUCUGAUGAAGCAAAGGCUCUCCUUGAUGACAGAAAGAAGAGGAUGUUCUCAAACAGAGAAUCUGCUCGCAGGUCGCGGAUGUGA